UCAGAUCCGGUCCUCCUCGGUCUCGCCGCUCCAAAAUGGACGACUCGUCCUCUCCUCUUCGACUACCGCUGCUACUGCUGAUGGUACUAGCUUUCGUGUGGUCCUCUCGACCUUCGCAGGCGCUGGUCUUCCACAUCCCCUCCGGCCGCGUCAAAUGCCUCACCGAGGACAUCCGUGCAGGGGCAAUGUCCCUCGCCCACUUUCGCGUCGCCGACGACCCCGCCUACGGUCACAACAUCUCCGCUAGCGUGAUGGAUCCGAAUGGGGAGGACUUGCGACGGGUGGUCGGUGUGGAGUCGGGGGAGUUCGCUUUCGUGGCGACGGAGACGGGGAAGCACACGGCCUGCUUCUGGUCGCCCCAUUUCCAGCUCGAAGCCGCCGUGACGGUGGAUUUCGAGUGGAAGACGGGGAUUGCCGCCAAGGAUUGGACCUCCGUCGCCAAGAAAGGGAAGAUCGAUGAGAUGGAACUGGAGUUGAAGAAGCUGGAGGAUUCAAUCAAUUCCAUACAUGAAGAGAUGAUAUUCUUGAGAAAUAGGGAGGAAGAGGCGCGGAGACUAAACGAAACAACAACAUCAAGGAUGGGAUCUUUGAGCAUUUUGUCCUUCAUUGUCUGCAUGGGAGUGGCCGGUUUGCAGCUUCUUCAUUUGAAGACUUUUUUCCAGAGAGAGAAGAUUCUAUGACGCCUAGAAGAUGAGAUGCAGAGUCUUUAUUUUGUCAAGUUGAGAGCUCAAGAUUUGAGCUCUUUGUAUGUUCUAUUGGACUUUAAACUGCAGCCAAAUCUCCUACAGACUUGUUUUCGGUUGGA